AUGGCCGCCAACCCACCAUUACCCUCACCAACACCAAUCUCCCUCCUCACAGCCCAACACUCAACAGGCCACACCCACCUCAUCAUCGGCUCCAACCCCCUCGCCGCCUCCCGAGCAACCCAAUCUCUUUCUGCUGGCGCGAAGCCAAUCCUCAUUUCCCCCACCCCCCCAGAAGAACUUCACUACACCCUCACCCAAUACAUCACCUCGGGCCAGCUAACCCACCUCUCCCGUCCCUUUGAGUCAACCGACCUCUUCACUCUCGGCCGCGAAGAAGUCGACAACGUAGUCGACGCAGUCUUCAUCACCCUCUCCCCAAAGGACUCCUCAGUCCCUCAAAUCUCAACCCUCUGCAAAAAGAACCGCAUCCCCGUCAACGUCGUCGACUGCCCUUCACUAUGCAGUUUUUCUCUUCUCUCCACCCACCUCGACGGUCCUCUGCAAAUUGGCGUCACCACCAACGGCCGGGGCUGCAAGCUCGCUUCUAGGAUAAGACGAGAAAUCGCCGCCAGCCUGCCCCAAGGUCUCGGGAGCGCAGUCGCCAGGUUGGGCGAUGUCAGGAGGAGGAUCAUCGCCGAGGAUAAAUCCUCUUCUUCUUCUGGGUUAGACUCGGAAGGUCUAGACGACAGCGUCGACCAAACCUCUGAUUUCAACAAGCUCGUCCUAGAGGGCAAAGAGAGCGAAGAGGAGCAGAAGACUAGAAGGAUGAGGUGGCUGAGCCAAGUGUGCGAGUACUGGCCUCUGAGACGGCUGGCGGCGAUAAGUGAGGAGGAGAUACUGGAGGGGGUUCUCAACUCGUACCACCAGUCACAGCAACAAAAACCAUCACCGACUGGUGGUGAUGGGCCAAGAGAUAAAAUCGGGAGGGUCAUCCUCGCAGGAAGCGGGCCGGGGCAUCCCGAUUUGUUGACGAGGGCGACGUACAAGGCGAUUCAAUCCGCUGAUUUGAUCCUGGCCGAUAAGCUUGUUCCUGCCGGGGUGUUGGAUCUGAUUCCCCGCCGGACACCGGUUAGGAUCGCGAAGAAGUUUCCCGGGAAUGCGGACAGGGCACAGGAGGAGUUCCUCGAGCAGGCUUUGGCUGGGGUGAAGGAGGGGAAGACAGUCCUCAGACUGAAACAAGGGGAUCCGUUUAUUUAUGGACGGGGAGGGGAGGAGGUGCAGUAUUUCAGACAGCACGGGCUUGGUGACAGGGUGGUGGUUCUACCUGGGAUAACGAGCAGCUUGUCGGCGCCGCUGUUCGCGGGUGUGCCGCCUACGCAGAGGGACGUGGCGGAUCAGGUGCUGGUUUGCACCGGGACGGGCAAGAAGGGGAAGGCGCCGGUGCCGCCCGAGUUUGUGGAGAGCAGGACGGUGGUGUUCUUGAUGGCGCUGCAUAGGAUCACUGGGCUGGUUGCUGAGCUGACGGAGUAUCUUCCUGAGGAGCAGGAGGCUGCGGAGGUGAAGGGGAGGAGGAAGUUGUGGCCGGUUGAUACGCCGUGUGCCGUGAUUGAGAGGGCGAGUUGUCCUGAUCAGAGGGUUAUCAGGACCACGCUGAAGAGGGUGGCGGAGGCGAUUGAGCAGGAGGGGAGCAGGCCGCCUGGGUUGUUGGUUGUGGGGAGGGCGUGUGAGGUCUUGUAUACACCUGAGAAGGGGAGGUCGUGGCUGGUGGAGGAUGGGUUCAAGGGGCUUGAUUUGGAAUUUGGGAAUGAUUUUGCGGCUGGUGCGCUCGGUGUUGCUGGGUUGGCAUAA